AUGCCUGCCGUCACCGCCGUCACCACCACUGUGAUGCUUCUCCUUGGCAUCCUGCCUCUGACCUGGCUGCCCACCAGCCGAGCCCACCACAGCCACCCACUCUGGGGGGCCCCACACCCCCACAGGACCCCGCGCUGCUACUCAGCUGAGGAACUGCCCGACGGCCAGCCCCCCCCUCACCUGCUGGCUCGAAGUGCCAGGUGGGAGCAGGCCUUGCCUGUGGCCCUGGUGUCCAGCCUGGAGGCGGAGGGCCACAGGCGGCAGCCCCAGGGGGCCCUGGCUGGGCCUCAGUGCCCCGUGCUGCGGCCAGAGGAGGUCCUGACAGCUGACACUCACCAGCGCUCCAUCUCGCCCUGGAGAUACCGCAUCGACACGGACGAGAGCCGCUAUCCGCAGAAGCUGGCCUUCGCCGAGUGCCUGUGCCGCGGCUGCAUCAGCACCAGGACGGGCCAGGAGACGGCCGCGCUCAACUCCGUGCGGCUUCACCAGAGCCUGCUGGUUCUGCGCCGCAGGCCCUGCUCCCCCGACGGGGCGGAGGCCACCUCGCCAGGGGCCUUUGCCUUCCACACAGAGUUCAUCCGCGUGCCCGUGGGCUGCACCUGCGUCCUGCCCAGGUCAGCACCGUGA